CGCUUUGUCCAUGUCGUUUUGUGUGAAGUCACUCUCUAUCGUUCUCGCUCACUCUUGCUUCCUUGAUAGUCACUCUUUAUCUCGCCUUCGUUAAUUAUUUUCUUUAUUCUGGGUAUAUUUCUAUCGUCAACCCAUGCCCAGCACUUGCGCCAUACAGAAUGAAGUUAUUCAAUCUAUUCCUCCUCUGGUGCUCGGUCUUGUCCACCCACGUACUAGCCAACAACGAUGCUGCUCCCUACGAGCUUCUGCACUAUUACUACGUGUACAAGAUGGAAUGGGACGCGGGCGUCGAAAAGACCAUUGCCCCUGGCUGUGCCACUGAGUACAAAAAAAUGUGUUUCUUUGACCAGUUCGCAAGUUUCCUCAUAGAAGACAGAUGGAAUAAGGUCUACCUGCCGACUAAGGCCGAUCGUACCAAGACACCGGGUGUUGGGGCUGCUAAAAGGUUGUCGAUUAAAAUGCCCACCUCUGCGCGGUACGACCUUGAAAAACUGCUCCCCUCCAUCAAAGCCAACGCAAAAGAUUUUCCCCGCGUCUUUGAGACUGUUCUUCACUCCGCAAACAAAGCUAUCAAGACAGGAAAGGUGAAGAACGAUGAUGUGAAACAAGCGGUAGAAUGGGCCCAGGAAGUCAAGGACAUGCGCUAUGAGGAUGUCUUUGAAGUCGAAAUUAAGGUGCUCAGAGACCUCCUUGGCGACGAGGCAUAUGGUCGUUAUGUCGUCACCGGGGGUGGGUCUUCAUUCGAUUGGGAUGCUACCUUAGAAGGGAUCGACGACGACGUUGAUGCUAAAAAACUCAGUGACAAAGAUGCGAAAAGGCUCAAGGAGAUCAUUGAUAAUUUCCCUAAGACAUUCAACGAUCGCAUUGCUACCGGACACAUUUCCGACAUCAAUCACAUAAAUAUAAUGAGGGCUCUUGAAACUUCCAUCACUAGUUUGACGGGGGUUAUUGAAGAAAGUUCUUCUGAGAGUGAUGACGCCAGUCCAGAGUCCGUGCCAGAUGAUACGUGUAGUAACAUUGAGUUCGCCUUUGACUCAGAAUGACUUCAAAUUUCGGAGGCUGUUUGCUAGGGCCAGGCACCAUGUUUCUCUGCUCGGGGCAUUAGAUAGCUAGUUUUGUAAAGAUAGUUCUCUCGUCGCAUGACACUAUGUGUCUGCUUUCUCAGCUUCAGACGUCAUAGAAGCUCA